AUGGCCUCCAAACAGGCCUCGGCGCAAGGCCAACCAGGACAGAUUGAAAUAACCCAACUCCCCGUCGCCCAACUAAACGAGCUAAAAACCCAACUCGACCGCGAAAUCGCCCACCUUACACAAUCCCACACGUCGCUCCGCACCGCACAGGCAAAGUUCCGCGAUUGCCUCCUAUCCAUCAGCUCGGGAGUCUCUUCUGCCGUCGCCUCUAAGCCGUUACUUGUCCCCUUGACAUCCUCGCUAUACGUCCCCGGACGCCUGACAGACGCGGAGCACGUACUGGUCGAUGUAGGGACAGGCUUCUUCGUCGAGAAGGAUGUUGCUAGUGCGAAGGACUUCUAUGAGCGCAAGGUCAAGGAUUUGGGGGAUAGUUUGAAGGAUUUGGAAAGUGUGGUGAAUGAGAAGGCAAAGAAUGCGAAGAGCGUAGAGGACGUUAUUCGGUGGAAGGUUAUGAGUCAGGGCCAGGGUCAGGAAGCGGAGGCGAGCGAGAGCUGAGGGGAGCGAGACUUGCCAGAUGAGCAGUAGGAUAACAUUGUAUUUGUGGAAGGUACUCUGGGACUAAAGCAGAAUGGGGAUUGCAUAUGAGUUGGCAUCUGAAGAGGAAGAUUUGAGCGUGGGCAUGUUCCAAUAGGGGACCAGCAUCUCUGCUUCACGGAGGCCAGAUCAAAGAAAAAGGGAAACUCAAGAGCCCUGAGAAACGGCACAAUAUUAAAGCCAGAAAUUAAAAACUACCCACUCAGAGCUCAUCUGAAGCCUGUUCUUGCAAGAGGCUUGCUGCCCAGACAUGAAUGCUCGUCCUUAGCGGAAGUUCCACUCUUCUCAUCGCGGCGACGUG